AUAAUUUCAAUAGGGGAAUAUAGUUCAUAAUGAGCACCCAAACAGUCAGGGGACCUGCUGUCAGAAGUGGUCGUAGGAGGAAGACAGUUUUGAACUUGGACCUGAACUGUUUCCCGCCAAGUGAGAAUCAGGAACAGGGGGGGCCUUCAACUCAAUUGGUGCCUCGAGAGGUUCAAGCAGGCCAACAACUGCCAGUUGCACAACCUGUGAUGAUUGAUGUGGAGGCUAUUGAAGAUGAUGAUGUUGUUGAAUCCAGUCCCAGAGCUUUUGCUGAGGCUAAAAACAAUUUUAGAAGAAAUCGUAGGAGGACUAUAGUUGAUGUGGAUUUAGGUAACAUGGCAAUCCUUUCCUGCAUUUACUCCUUGUCAUGCUCUGCUUCAUUCCACUCUGCUGUCCAACUGAUAGAUCUCUGGGAUUCUGGAAGAAUCAAAAGGAGUAGAGUGGCAAUGAAGAGGAACAACAAGCUCAUCUCUGAGAUAGGAUACAGCUGCUUUAUG